AUGGCCUCGCCGGCAGACAGCUGCAUCCAGUUCACCCGCCAUGCCAGCGACGUUCUCCUCAAUCUCAACCGCCUUAGAAGCCGGGAUAUCCUGACUGAUGUUGUCAUCAUCGUGAACCGGGAGCAGUUUAGAGCCCACAAAACAGUCCUGAUGGCCUGCAGUGGCCUCUUCUACAGCAUCUUCACUGACCAGCUCAAGUGCAACUUGAAUGUCAUCAACCUGGAUCCUGAAAUUAACCCUGAGGGGUUUUGCAUCCUCUUGGACUUCAUGUACACCUCCCGCCUGAACUUGAGGGAGAACAAUAUCAUGGCUGUGAUGGCCACAGCACUCUACCUGCAGAUGGAGCACGUGGUUGACACCUGCCGAAGGUUUGUCAAGUCUAGUGAAGCAGAGAUGGUGUCUGCUGUGAAGACCCCAAGGGAAGAGUUUUUGGCUGGACGGAUGCUGGGCCACCCAGAGGUGAUGGCUUAUCGGAGCAGAGAUGUCUCAGAGAAUGGCUUGCCUCUUCAAAACGGGUCCCUCUGCAAUGGGAGGGCCUUUGCACCUGGCUUGAUCAACAGUUUGUCUGGAUCCCCCAUUUCCUACCAUGGAUACAGCCCUCUCCCUCUGAACAGCUUCCUAGUGGAUGAUGAAUUGCGGGAGAUGAGGAUGCCUCUCUCUGAACUCUCAAGGGCAGGUGCCUUCCCCAAGGAGAGGAUCCUGCCGUGCGACAGCUCCAGGACAAUCCCCACUGAGUACGUGAGAACCAUUACCGACAUCUCUGCCAACAUGUGCCACGCUACCAUCUAUGCUCCAAAAGAAGGUGCUGCUGAAGAAGCCAGGAGUGACAUGCACUACAGCGUGGCCUCUGGGCCCAAACCUGUCAUCCCUUCAGUCCGAAACAAUCCCUACUUCCCUUGUGAUAAAGUGGCCAAAGAGGAGGAGCGGACCUCUUCGGAGGACGAGAUCAGCCAGCACUUUGAGCCCACCAACACGCCCCUGGACCGCAAGGGACUCAUCAGCCCUCAGAGCCCACAGAAGUCAGACUGCCAGCCCAACUCACCAACUGAGUCCAGCAGCAGCAAGAAUGCCCGUAUCGGUCAGAACUCCAGCUCCCUCUUCACCAAGAGCCCCACAGACCCCAAAGCCUGCAACUGGAAGAAGUACAAGUUCAUUGUCCUCAACUCCCUCAACCAGAACGCCAAGCAAGACAGCGCUGACCAGAACGAGAUGGGAACCCUCUCUCCUCGCACCUACGUACCCAUGUCCACUUGCCAGCAGUCCAUGGAGCCAGAGCAUCUCAAUGUGCAGUCCCCCACCAAGAUAAGCGUGAAUGGUGAAGACUCUACUAUCCCACAAGCGAGCAGACUCAACAAUAUUGUUAACAGGUCCCGGGACGGGUCCCCUCGGAGCAGCGAAGGACAGUCCCCUCUGUACAUGCAUUCAUCAAAGUGCAGCUCCUGUGGCUGCCAGUCCCCACAACAUACUGAGAUGUGCCUUCAUACCCCUGGCUCAAACUUUGGAGAAGAGAUGGGGGAAACCCAGUCUGAAUACUCUGACUCCAGCUGUGAGAACGGAGCCUUCUUCUGCAAUGAGUGUGACUGCCGGUUCUCCGAGGAGGCCUCUCUCAAGAGACAUUCUCUGCAAGUCCACAGUGACAAGCCCUACAAGUGUGACCGCUGCCAGGCCUCCUUUCGCUACAAGGGGAACCUCGCCAGCCACAAAACCGUCCACACAGGAGAGAAGCCGUACCGCUGCAACAUCUGUGGGGCACAGUUCAACCGACCAGCCAACCUGAAAACCCACACACGCAUCCACUCUGGGGAGAAACCCUACAAGUGUGAGACUUGUGGGGCCAGAUUUGUCCAGGUGGCCCACCUCCGUGCUCACGUGCUCAUUCACACCGGGGAGAAGCCGUACCCCUGUGAGAUCUGCGGCACACGCUUCCGGCACCUGCAGACCCUCAAAAGUCACCUUCGAAUCCACACAGGAGAGAAACCGUAUCAUUGUGAGAAGUGUAACCUGCAUUUCCGCCACAAAAGCCAGCUGCGGCUCCACCUGCGGCAGAAGCACGGGGCCAUCACCAACACCAAGGUGCAGUACCGCAUCUCGGCCAGCGAGGUGCCUCCGGAGCUCCCCAAAGCCUGCUGAAGGAUUUCCCGGGAGGAGCUUGUCUUCGGGGAGAAGCUGUCCAAAGGAUACUUGCAACACUUUAAAAGGAGAGAGAAAAAAAAAUAAAAUAAAAAAAAGGAGAGAGAGAAAGAAAAAAUAUUCAUCACAUGAUGGAGUGCCUCUAAACCCAUAGUACAGAUAGGUGGAAAAAACAUUAGAAAUUUAAAAAAAAAAAAAAAAUUACAAAUACACGGGUUUUAUUUUUCCCAGUUAUGUGAAACAAAAAGAAAAAAAUAAAAUUAUUCAGAUCUUACUGUAUAUAAAACAUUAAAAAAUUUAAAAUAGUCAUUUUAAAUGUCUGUGCAGUGGAGUGUUGAUAAACUCUGGAGUCUAACCUUCACAGCCUUUGCCGUUUGAAGAUGAGGAAUGUAAUGUUGAUUUAUGGGAACAGAUUUUUUUCUUUUGUAUGCAAAAUGUGUGUUCUUUUAAAGAGAAAGUAUGCUAUUAAAGAGAGGGCUUUAACUUUUUUAACCAAAGGUGAAGGAAUCUAUGGCAGAGUUGUAAAUAUAUAUAGAUAUAAAUAUAUAAAUAUAUAUAUAAAAUAAAUAUAUAUAGACCUUUAAAAAAGCUAUAUUAAAAAUAUAUAAAAUGCAUUAAAGGCUCAGUUGGACUCUGCAGGCAGAAGCCACUCUGAGAAUCUUUAUUAUGAUAGAGCACUUAAGGAGAUAUUUUAAAGUAUUGCAUCUGUACAAGUAAGAAAAUAUUUUGUCUAAAUGCAUCAGUGUAUUUGUAUUUUUUUGCAAGUGAAGGUUUACAAUUUACAAAAAAGUGUGUAUUAAACCAACAAAGCUGCAGAAGGAAUUUAAAAUAAUAAUAAAGUGUAAUUUUUUUGUUCUAGUUCUCAGUCUGUAUAUAUGUAAAAUGUGGUUUCGCACGGUGCCUUUCUUUUCAAUGGAAGUUUUCAGUGUAUGGACUAUAUUGAGCUCAGUUUCUUCAAGGUACAGCCUGAUGUUGCAAAAGGAGUUUUGGUGGAACUCUCUAGUGGGGGAAUGUUUUAUUUUUUUUGUUUUGUUUUGGAUUUUUUUUUUUUGUCUUAUUUUACAUGCUUGUGUUAUAAACAAUCUCGGGAGACAGGGUUUGGGCUGUGUCUAAACUGCAUUAAUGCGUUCUGUAAAAUAUAGCUGUACAAAUAAAAGAAUAAAAUGAAGAAAA